CAAGGGACAUUUUCGGCACCGGGAAAGUUCAUUGUCAAGUAUAACAUCAGCUGCUGGACUACAGAUGAUCAUAGUGUAAACAAAAUUCCAUGUUUCAUGUAAUCUUACCGACAGGAUCGUAGUUUGGCCAUGGACGAAGUCGAGAGCCAAUUUAGGCAAUUUAAAGAUUUCCUGUAUCUCUACAAUCAAAUUUCUGAAAAGUGCUUCGAUCUGUGUAUCACAAGACUGCAUCAGAGGGAUUUGACAGAAACAGAGACUGCCUGUGUGGAUACAUGCGUAGGAAAACAAGUCAGUGUCAAUCACAAGAUAAUGGCUGUGUAUUCUGAAGUUCAGCCUAUUUAUAUGCAGAAGCGUUUGGAUGAAAUGAACAAACAGAUAGAAGCUCAGCAGCAGAUGGCAGCACAACUUGAAGAACAGCAGAAUCUGCAGAAUCUCCAAACAGAACCUCAAACUUAG